AGUCUUACCCACAUUUCUUAAUCGGAACAACAGAUCUAUCAUCCUUCCCUUAUUUCGAAUCCGAUUCUUCCUCAUCAGAUUCGCUUUUUUUUCGAUCCUAGAUCGUUUCGAAUCUGAUUCCUACCCAAAAAGGCUUCUCCUUUCAAUGAUUUAACCUUGUGUUUGUUUGCUUCAUCAGGCGUUAAAAAAGUUGAAACCUUUGGAGUCAAGAUGGUGUGGUUUCGAGCUGGUUCAAGCGUGACGAAGCUCGCCGUACGAAGGAUCUUGAAUCAAGGCACGAGAACACCACGCUACCUCCCUUCUCAAAACCGUUCCUUUCACUCAUCCCUCUACAGACCAAACCCUCAGACCUCCGCUGCUGCUCCCGUUCCUCGCGCCGUCCCUCUCUCUAAGCUAACCGACAGCUUCCUAGAUGGGACCAGCAGCGUCUACCUCGAGGAGCUUCAACGAGCCUGGGAAGCUGAUCCCACCAGCGUUGACGAGUCCUGGGAUAAUUUCUUUAGGAACUUUGUGGGCCAGGCUGCCACUUCCCCUGGCAUCUCCGGUCAGACGAUUCAGGAGAGUAUGCGUCUCCUUUUGCUUGUGAGGGCUUAUCAGGUGAACGGUCACAUGAAAGCUAAGCUGGAUCCCUUGGGUUUGGAGCAGAGGGAGAUCCCUGAGGAUCUUGACUUGGCUCUUUAUGGAUUCACUGAGGCUGAUCUUGACAGAGAGUUCUUCUUGGGAGUCUGGCAGAUGUCUGGUUUCAUGUCUGAGAACCGGCCCGUUCAGACGUUGCGUUCUAUAUUGACGAGGCUCCAGCAGGCUUACUGUGGGAGUAUUGGGUUUGAGUAUAUGCACAUUGCGGAUCGGGAUAAGUGUAACUGGUUGAGGGAGAAGAUUGAGACUCCGACUCCUUGGAGGUAUAAUAGGGAGCGCCGCGAGGUGAUUCUCGACAGGCUUGCUUGGAGUACUCAGUUUGAGAAUUUCUUGGCUACCAAGUGGACUACGGCUAAGAGGUUUGGGCUUGAAGGUGGAGAGUCUUUGAUUCCUGGCAUGAAGGAGAUGUUUGACAGGGCGGCUGAUCUUGGAGUUGUGAGCAUUGUUAUUGGAAUGUCUCACAGAGGGAGACUGAAUGUGUUGGGUAAUGUUGUUAGGAAGCCGCUACGUCAGAUUUUCAGCGAGUUCAGCGGUGGUAUUAAGCCUGUGGAUGAAGUUGGCUACACUGGGACUGGUGAUGUUAAGUACCACUUGGGUACCUCUUAUGAUCGACCUACAAGAGGUGGUAAGAAAAUCCAUCUCUCGUUGGUUGCAAACCCAAGUCACUUGGAAGCUGCAGACUCGGUUGUUGUUGGUAAAACCAGAGCGAAACAGUACUACUCCAAGGAUUUGGACAGGACCAAGAACUUGGGUAUUUUGAUUCAUGGAGAUGGUAGUUUUGCUGGACAGGGAGUGGUUUACGAGACGCUUCAUCUUAGUGCUCUUCCGAACUACACCACCGGUGGUACCAUACAUAUUGUGGUGAACAACCAAGUGGCUUUCACCACGGAUCCAAGAGCUGGGAGGUCUUCUCAGUACUGUACUGACGUUGCUAAGGCUUUGAGUGCUCCCAUCUUCCAUGUUAAUGGAGAUGAUGUUGAAGCUGUUGUUCAUGCCUGCGAGCUUGCUGCUGAGUGGCGUCAGACUUUUCAUUCCGAUGUUGUUGUUGAUUUGGUUUGCUACAGGAGGUUCGGACAUAAUGAGAUAGAUGAACCAUCUUUCACUCAGCCAAAAAUGUACAAGGUUAUUAAGAAUCAUCCCUCAACGCUUCAAAUCUACCACAAGAAGCUCGUGGAAUGCGGUGAAAUAUCACAACAGGAUAUCGACAGGAUUCAGGAGAAGGUUAACACCAUUCUCAACGAAGAGUUUGUUGCUAGUAAAGAUUAUCUACCUAAGAAGCGAGAUUGGCUUUCAACCAAUUGGGCUGGAUUCAAGUCUCCUGAGCAGAUCUCACGUGUUAGAAACACUGGAGUCAAACCUGAGAUACUUAAGACUGUUGGCAAGGCAAUUUCAUCGCUACCGGAAAACUUCAAGCCCCACAGAGCGGUGAAGAAAGUUUAUGAACAGCGUGCUCAAAUGAUUGAAACAGGAGAAGGCAUUGAUUGGGCACUUGCGGAAGCUCUUGCUUUUGCUACCUUAGUUGUGGAAGGCAACCAUGUCCGCUUGAGUGGUCAGGAUGUCGAAAGAGGAACCUUUAGUCAUCGUCAUUCUGUCCUUCAUGACCAGGAAACUGGAGAAGAGUAUUGUCCUCUAGAUCAUCUCGUCAUGAAUCAGGAUCCUGAGAUGUUCACUGUCAGCAACAGUUCUCUUUCAGAAUUUGGAGUUCUUGGGUUUGAGUUGGGUUACUCAAUGGAAAGUCCAAACUCGUUGGUGCUAUGGGAAGCUCAGUUUGGAGACUUUGCCAAUGGUGCUCAGGUGAUAUUUGAUCAGUUCGUCAGCAGUGGAGAAGCAAAGUGGCUGCGUCAAACCGGGCUUGUUGUGCUACUUCCCCAUGGAUAUGAUGGUCAGGGCCCUGAACAUUCAAGUGCUAGGCUGGAACGUUACCUUCAGAUGAGUGAUGACAACCCUUAUGUCAUACCAGACAUGGAACCUACAUUGAGAAAGCAAAUCCAAGAAUGCAAUUGGCAGAUUGUUAAUGCCACCACUCCUGCCAACUAUUUCCAUGUUCUGCGUCGUCAGCUACACAGAGACUUCCGUAAGCCUCUGAUCGUAAUGGCACCAAAGAACUUGCUCCGUCACAAGGACUGCAAAUCAAACCUCUCUGAGUUUGAUGAUGUCCAAGGACACCCUGGUUUUGACAAGCAAGGGACUAGGUUCAAGCGAUUGAUCAAGGAUCAGAAUGAUCACUCUGAUCUUGAAGAAGGCAUCAGAAGAUUGGUACUUUGCUCCGGAAAGGUUUAUUACGAGCUUGAUGAUGAGAGGAAGAAGGUUGGAGCAAGCGAUGUGGCUAUUUGUAGAGUGGAACAGCUUUGUCCUUUCCCAUAUGAUCUCAUUCAGCGUGAGCUCAAGAGAUAUCCAAAUGCGGAGAUAGUUUGGUGCCAAGAAGAGGCGAUGAACAUGGGAGCAUUCAGCUACAUAACUCCAAGGCUAUGGACAGCAAUGAGAAGCUUAGGCAGAGGAGAUAUGGAAGACAUUAAGUACGUUGGUCGUGGACCUUCUGCUGCUACUGCCACUGGUUUCUACACUUUCCAUGUCAAAGAGCAAGCCGAGCUCGUCCAGAAAGCCAUUGGAAAGGAACCCAUCAGUUAAAAGUUUUAACUUAAAACCAAACUUCAUUUUUUUGAAUGAAUUCUUUAAAUAAGAAACUUUGGGUGAAUCAAAGUGAUAAACAACACUGACAAAAUCAUGUAUUUGCUUUAUUUGGCCCCUUUGAUUUUUUUUGAGCCUGUCUUGUGUUGCAGGUUAAUACGGAUCAUACUCAUUUUCAUAAAAGCUUUUGUUUUUUUUCCUU